AUGACUGUCAUUAAAGAAGCUCACCCCGAACCGGUGAACGUUGCCGACGUCCACAAGAUCGCAAAGAAGAAGCUCGCUAAGCCAGUGUGGGAUUACUACCAAACCGGUGCCGACGACGAGUACACGCUUGAGCGCAACCACGCAGCCUAUAACGAUAUUCUUCUGCGACCUCAAAUGCUUCGCAACGUAAGAAGCAUCGAUACCACCACAACAAUCUUCGGGAAACGGUAUGAUAUCCCAAUUGCGAUCGCCCCAAGCGCAUACCAGAAGCUCGUUGGCGGCGAAGGCGAACUCGACGUCGCCCGCGCCGCCUUCAACCUCGGAACCAAUCUCACCCUCUCCACUAAUGCAACAACAUCCCUCGAGGACGUCGAAAAGGCAAUCCCUCAGCGCAGUCCCGAGUAUCCCCGACCAUGGUUUCAGCUCUACUUCCUCGGAAACCGAGACCUCACAGCGAAAUUGAUUCAGCGAGCCGAGAAGGCAGGCUACGAAGCACUCGUGCUGACUGUCGACACCGUGAUCUUGGGAAACCGUCUCCAGGAAAGAAGAACGCCGCUGGAGCUCCCGCCGGGGAUCGCUAUGGCCAACGUUGAGUCGAGCAAGUCUGGCGCCAUAUCCACAGCGGGUCUCCUCCUGCGGGCGAAGACGGCGGCCGAGUACAAGAAGAUCCAAGACGAAAACCGAGACCAUCUCGUCGACUCAAGCCUUGAGUGGAACGAGGUCAUUCCAUGGCUCCGGUCACAGACUAAGAUGAAGAUCAUUCUGAAAGGGAUAUUGACCGCGGAGGAUGCUCAAAGGUCUAUUGAGGCUGGUGUAGACGCCAUCGUCGUGUCUAACCAUGGAGGUCGCCAACUCGACGGUGUACCGUCAACAAUCGAGGCAUUACCUGAAAUUGUGGAUGUCGUGAAGGGCAGGAUCCCGGUAAUCGUUGAUGGUGGCAUCACUCGCGGAACUGAUGUCUUCAAGGCACUUGCACUCGGUGCUGAUCUGUGUCUUAUCGGAAGAACGGCCUUGUGGGGACUUGCAUGGGAUGGACAGAAGGGUGUUGAGGGAGUACUCAACAUCCUCGAGAGAGAGUUAGCAAGAACAAUGGCUUUGAUGGGCGUGGCGAAGCUGAAGGACAUCUCGAGAGGAUUGCUUGGGCGGGCUAAGCAGAACGGAUUUGGCGUUGCGAAGCUGUAA